CAGGGAUUGAGCUAAAUUGAGAAAAAUUGGUCCAAGGCUCAGCACAAAAGGAUCUUUUCAUUCCAGUCCUUUCGUCCUCACAGGGAACAGGGAACGAUGCCUAUGGAGGUGGUGGUGGAGCUGCAGAUCCGGGCGAUUUCUUGCCCAGGGGUGUUCCUGCCUGACAAGCAAGAUGUGUACCUUGGGGUUUACCUCCUGAAUCAGUACCUGGAGACCGACUGCUUUCCCUCUGUGUUCCCUAUUAUGAUUCAGCAGAGAAUGAGAUUUAAAAAGUUAUUCGAAAACGCAAUAGAUCCUGGAGCUGUAGCAGACAUUUUAGAAAGCUUUCUAACCAGGUUUGAAUUAAUACAGCUAGUGUCUCCAGUGUGGGAAGAGUUGGCCUACUAUGAAGAAAACACACGGGAGUUUCUUUUCCCUGAGCCCAAGCUGACACCUUCGAACCCUGGCAUGUGUAGGGAGGUGCUCAUGAAAACGGCUGCAGGUUUUCCUGGCAUUGCUCCCAAAAUAGAGUUUUCUACAAGGACAGCCAUCAGAGAAUGUGUGCUUCUGCAUAGAAACAGAUUUCUUGAAGAAAGUUAUAAGUCACGAAGUCCUUUAUCUACACCAUAUGGACCAAAAUUCCCCUUAAAUAAUACACAUGGGAAACCAAGGGAGCAUAAUCUCAACAAAUCGCCCCAGAGCAUGCAGUCCCGGGUGCCCUCUCCAUAUUCUACCAGGCGUUUCUUCCAGGACCAGCCAGCUCAGCUGAACCUUGGAAAUAACUUCAAAAUCUCCAGAGAAAGCAAACCUCCGUUUGUAGUUAGACAUGUGGACAGUGCAAAGCCCUUUGGUGAGAGUAUUUCAGAGCAUCAUUCUGGGAAGUCUAGAAGAAAAUCCAAGUUUUCACACUGUCCCUUUCCAAUGAGAAGAGCAUCUUCUCUUGACAGCCUUGCAGCUAACAUAAAGGUUAUCAAAGAGCCAGAUGAACGGAUUGUUUUAAGGAAUGAGUCACCGUCAUGGUUAGAUUCAAGUAAGUUUGGAAAGCCCUCACCCAGUUACGAUAACCAAGGGGAUGCCGAUUGCCGCCUGGAAACUUCAUUUGCCACCUCCCGGCACUCCAGAUCUCCCAGCCCUCGUCUGGAUCGGCCCCUUCGCCGAGCAAGGUUCCACCCUGGUUCUCAGUCCACAUGGAAGAAGAUCCAUGAAAGAGUAUGCAAUCUUCUGACAUCCCACAGAGCUCGGCAGCGCCUAAACGAGGAAGAUUUUAUCUCUGAAGUAAAUCACACCCUUGAAAGACCAAGCUACCCUCUGAAGAACUACCCGGUUUGUGCACAGAAAUAUUCUUAAGCUGAUGUUUUAUUCCCACCUGCAGGGGACACUGAAAGAAAGCUGAAGGAGUAUCAUGAAGAACUCCCUCAUCCAGGCAACUGACACAUCCUUAGGGAAAUGAACAACAAUUUUUGUUAUGUGUGUGGAGUUGCCGAUGUCUAAUCCCCUUUAAAUCAAACCCUGUGCUCAAUCUUUUGUACCCAGGUAAGAGUUGUUAAUUAAAGUGUUCA